CGAUGGAUGCACAGUAGGCAGCUUUUCAAACAUCUGCCGGGUCGUCUUACAGUAUCUUCUCUCCCUACCAUCCCUCAGUCGAGGGUAUUGAACGCCCACCCAGGCCAUAUAUACCUUCGUUUCACCUCACUCCUUGAUGUGCGUUUUCAAAACCUCAAUGCCGGCCCAACUGGCCUGGGCCCCAUGACCCAGACCCUCCCACAAUGUCUCCUUGAAGUCGUUACACCAUGUCAAUCACGUACCACGAUAGUAAUGCUGCAUGCGAGCUGCAGACCACGGACUUCACUUUUAUUGGUUACAAGACUGGCUAAACCGUUCUCCGGGUCCGCGAAAAGGAAAGCCUUCUCUAUCUCGGGCAGUCUUUUGCGACAAUAUAACAGCUGAGGUCUGUUCCUGCAUGUGCCUGGCAUUUUCAGCUCAUGCAAGGGACAGCCAUGGCGUCUCAGAAACUCCAUGAUUAUCUGGGUCCGCCUAUCGAAGACGCAUCAGAAGAAACUUUUCUUCUGUUCAGUCAAGAUAUUCCCAGCAACAACCUUGGAUUCGUCGAUUCUAAUCUCAAGGUCAUUGAGCUCGAGAUUGCUGGACGUGACUUUGUUCUACAACAGUCUCCAGGGCUGCUGACUUCUAGCAGGAGGAAUGGCACCACUGGAGCGGUGUUGUGGAAGAUAACGCCUCUUUUGGCAGCGUGGUUGGCAUCAUCUCCAAAGCUACUAUCAGAGGUCGAAAUACUUCACUCGGGCACAACAAUAGUCGAACUCGGUUGCGGAGUGGCUGGGCUGUUAGGCCUAGUUCUCUCGAGGCUCGUGAAGUCUUAUGUGCUUACGGACCAGGAAUACGUUAUGAAACACCUCAGAGAAAACAUAACCAACAAUGCCACAGCCGUCAGUCAUCGUGCAAAUAGGUCAAAGAAGGGUGAUACCCGAAGAACAAUAUCUCCCGAUAGCGUUCCCAAAACAUUGGCGCUUGAUUGGGAAAUCGACAAGGCCGAAUAUCUGAACUCGGUCAUCGCACCUCAGGACAGCAUUGACCUCGUAAUACUAUGCGAUUGUGUCUACAACGAUUUCCUCAUCAAGCCACUGGUCCAGACUUGUGUGGAUGUCUGCAGUCUUCGAGGUCCGGAUUCGAGGACCAUUGUGUUGGUUGCUCAACAACUACGGUCAGACGCCAUAGCCGAACUGUUCCUGGACACCUUGAUGGAGCAAUUUGAUGUAUGGCGAGUGCCUGAGGAGCGCAUAGGCCCAGGUUUGGGUUCAGGAUCGGGUUACGUGGUUCAUCUGGCCGCGUUGAAGCAUUCGAACGGUAGUGGAGAGAUGUAGUAUGGCUGGAUGUCCUUAAUUGUACAUUGCACAUUUCUGCAACCGAUAACUACCUAGGUACACUCCCCAGCAUUGAGGAUAUCAGACUGUAGAGAAAUCAUCCUGACCCCGUAGACUUA